AUGCCCACCGUUAACGACCAACGUCCAAGUCAGUCUAAAGCCCCGCGGCGUCGACGCUAUAGGACAAGAAGAGACUCUCAGAAUGACUCUGGACGCCCGAAGCCACUAUAUUUCGGGGAAGUCGCAGCAGAAACUCCAACACUCAAUAUGCAGUACGCUAGGAGUCGAAGGCGGUCAUUUGGUGGUGUUAACGUUGACCCGACUUCGUUGGGAUCGACCUCGCGAGCAGCGAUGCAAUCGGUGACUUCACUUGUCAGCCUAGUUUCACCCGUGAAAUUGGGGAAACGAAGGGACACUUCUGGUGACCUGUCAUCGGGCAGCCACCUGGGACACCUCUUUACAAAUGUCCAAAAGGCCCUCCCUUCAGUCCUCAAGAAAUCGUCCAGAUCUGAAGCCGCAAGUCCCGUCUUGUCUCCAGGAGCCGAGUCAUCUCGUCGCCUUACGCCUCGCAAGCGGGUCUCGUUUUCCUUUACUUCCACGAAGCGAGGCGACGCAAGUGUCCGUCCCGAUUCGCAUAAUAAGCCAGUGGAGAAGGGAAUAUCGCAAGAUGCAGGCCGUGCUCCUUCUAGGCGUCCUUCUAUCGCCUCUCUGUUUCGUCGCGGCAAGAAAGGAGCCAGCGACGAAUUAUCGAACAGACCGGCCAAGGCUGAACAGCUGCACCUCCAGAUUGGGGAGGCCUCCGAGAAUACACAAGUGCAGACUUCGGUUUCUACACAACAGCCUACCAGUGACAACAUGUCAAAGCGGACUCGGGAUCGCACAAAAUCAUGGCUGAAGCGGUGGUCAGGCAAGGCGCAAAGGCCAGACCAAACAUCCCCGAACAAUGCGAUUCCUCCUGUCAACAGCGUCACCCUCGAGAAUCCCCUCACCGAACCCGUACCAGCAUAUCGACCCCAAGUUGCUUCCAACUCGGUUGAAUUGCCUGAAUCAAUGGUCUCUUAUCCGAUUUUCGUUGAAACUUCAGACGGAGCGGAACCAUACGAUCUCCUUCAUUCAUGGGGCCCUCAGGUUAUCCCGAUAGUCCGACUACCUAGGGGUAGUAACACAUCUCGACAUGUUGACGCGUCAAGUAUCCCCUUCCCUGCGAAAGGAAAUGAACCUGCUCGAGAAUUCCCUUCAGCAUUGGCGAAAGCAUGCAAGUACUCGUUACACGAAAAUCUUCUGCGAUGCCUGUGGACACAGGCACAGAGCAGCCCAAACGUCCAGUCAAGGAUUCUCAAACUUCUUCGAACGGUGAAAUCCGAAACAUCCAACCUGGUUCCGGUUAUAUAUGACCUUGUACAUGCGAUGGACACCCGAAUAGAACUGAACCAGCUUGCUGACCUGCUGCUCAUGCCCAAUGAUGAGCUGAACGAGGCAUUGAAGGCAGAUCGACUCGCGAUGAAAAAGUCCCUGAUCGAGUCCCAAAACGAAAUCUUGAGGCAACCAACAUCGCACAAGGGGAUAGUAGAUGUCAUUCAGGAUAUAAUCGACAACCGCGACAGCACUGACAAGAUCGCUCAUGACCUUCCACUGGUCAAGCUGCUUACCAAGAUUUCGUUAUCUUCUGGCAAGCCGCCUCGGUCGCUCUUGAUUGAAGCCGUCACGGAGAGAACCCAACAGCGUAUAGCUGCGGGAGGAUUCGCAGACAUCUAUCAAGCGCAAUAUAAAGGCUCACUUGUGGCAUUGAAGCAGCUUCGUUUGUAUCAGAAUGACACAGAAGAAACGCUGCGGAAACAUCGAGAGAAAUUUUUGCAAGAAGUCUUUUUAUGGAAAUAUUUUUCCCAUCCACACAUCCUGCCCUUCCUGGGUCUAUAUCAGGAUCCCAGCGUUCCAGACAUGGAUCCUCUUUGCUCUCUUUUUAUGGUUUGCCCGUGGAUGAAGAAUAAGACAAUUGGACAAUACGUUGCGAACAAUCCUUUACUUGCUGUGGAACCAAUGCUACUUGAAAUAGCUCAAGCAUUAGAAUACCUGCACUCUGAGCUCGUUGUCCAUGGAGAUCUUCGCGGCGACAAUAUUCUAAUCGACGACAACGGUCAUGUCCAACUCGCUGACUUUGGGGUGGCCUCAUACAUGAACUCAACGAUUGAAAGUUCCACUCGUCGUGGCACCACACGUUGGAUGGCUCCCGAACUGUUGCUGCCCGAACCUGGCCAAAUUUUUCGGCGGACUCGAGAAUCAGAUGUAUACGCUUUCGCCUGUGUUUGCUACGAGCUUUACCAUGGGGGACCGCCUUUCUCGGAUAUAGACGCCAGUGGCGCAAUCGUUCUCCAUCCUGUCGGCGCUGUCCUUCGUCAAGUAUCGGAAUGCUUGCGGCCCUUGCGGAUGCCUCCCUCCAAAUUCACAGCCCCCAUUUGGCGCCUGAUCACGACAUGCUGGCAUCAGGAGCCCAAGUCCCGACUCAAAGUUGCGCAGAUAGUUGAACAACUUGUGUUGUUGCAGCAAGAACAGGCGGAUCGAAAGGCUGGUACGAUUAGCGAGCCUCAGGCAGUGUACCGACCGCCUCGAAGUCGGAAUUCGUCCUUGGUGCCGGAGCCGAGUUCAUCCUCUGCGCCGUCUCGCGCGCCGUCACUCAGAGUCAGCCUGCUUCCACCUAAAAGCAGCCCUGCGUGGGGCAGCACCAGCUCGUUCAACAUAUUCUUGCAUGGAUCGAAUGAAGGCAAGUCCUCUAAUUGGAGGAACAAAUUAUCUCGACUGUUCACCAACACUGAUGCCGCAGUUGGAGAGUCUGCGAGUCAACACUCUGUCGCAAGCUUCCGUUCAAAAAAACGUUUGUCCGGUCUGGCGAUGCCCUGGAAGACUUGA